ACGCCAAACCAAGAUAUGACGGAGUACGAUGAUCACGGAAACUGUGCGUCUAAUAUGUAUUUAUCGAACUGCACAUACUAUGUUUCCGCGCCUGAUUUCUCAUCAGUAUCGUCGUUUUUACCGCAGUCAUCGUCGUGUCAAGUAAAUUUCCCGUACUCGUCCAACAUUGCUCAAGUACAACCUGUUCGAGAAGUGGCUUUCAGGGACUAUGGACUGGAUCACCCGAGCAAAUGGCAUUACCGGGGAAAUUACGCUUCUUACUAUUCAACGGACGAGUUAAUGCACCGAGAGCUACUCCAGUCAUCAAACAGGGCAGAAAUGUUAUUUAAAAACGAGGCAGUUUACAGUCAUCACGGUAGCUCUAACUCGGCGUGCAAUUUUUUUACCAACGUCGGCCGAAACGGAGUACUUCCUCAGGGUUUUGACCAGUUUUUCGAAAGUGGUGGAAAGCCCAACCCUGAGGCCUCCAGACAAAAGACUGAGUCUACUGUCCCCGGAGAUGUAGCAUGUAAUAAAAUGUCCUCAAAUAGCAUGGAGCAAACGAAAAAAGACGCAGCUGAAACCACAGAGGAAGAAUCUUCACAAUCAACAUACAGACAGGAGGAAAGGAACAACGCCUCAAGCUCAAAAUCCAGAAAGAAGAGGUGUCCAUAUACAAAAUACCAGAUCCGAGAACUUGAACGAGAAUUCUUUUUUAACGUGUACAUAAAUAAAGAGAAGCGUCUGCAGUUGUCAAGAAUGCUAAACCUUACAGACCGACAAGUGAAGAUCUGGUUCCAAAACAGAAGAAUGAAAGAGAAAAAGCUCAACCGAGAUCGUCUACAGUACUUUACAGGAAACCCUUUAUUCUAAAAUGAUGACUUUGACCACUUUGCCAGACCACAGCGUCAUGAUUAUGUAUGUUCUUGGGACACUGUGCAUUCAACCAAACACAUGCGCAAAAACCACAUGGUCUAAUGUAUAUU